GCGCCAAUGGCAGCAAAACAUAACUGUUACAGGCGAGGAGGAUGACAGCAAUAAGGAUUUAAUAGUUAGAUUUUUGCCUACCCACAUAGGGGAGACUGUGUUACUUUGGCUCUACACAAAGAGCCUGUAGCGCUGAAGUCCAGCAUUGAGUAUGAUUACCUGGUUGCAGUGGAGGUGAGGAAGCAUGGGGUGGAAAUCUGAGGUGUCAAAACGAACGUGAUGACAGCAUGGUCAAUGGUGGAGAGGCUCAAAAUGGAAAAACGCCCAUGGAGGGAGGAGAACAUUGACUCAAGCGAGGCCCAGCUUGCCACUGACGAUUCAGAGGAUGGAAGCAGCUCGGAAAGUGAAGCAGAAGAGCAGCAAUGCCAGAGGGUUCAAGUGAACAACAGUAGGUGUAAGAAGAAGGAGCCCUUGGCUGUCACAAAACCCCACCGGCAGCUCUGUCGCUCUCCAUGCCUUGACCGGCCCAGUUUUUCCCAGAGUAGCACUGUGCAAGAUUUUCGAGAGGAUGAGACCAGCGCGGGUCCAGGGAUCAAGACUGCCAGCGACAGAGAGUACCAGACAAAGAUGGAUUUUGCUUUGAAGUUGGGCUAUUCGGGAGAGCAGGUGGAGACGGUGCUGAACAAGUUGGGUGCUGCUGCGCUUAUCAACGAUGUUCUUGCUGAGUUAGUAAGGCUUGGAAACAAAGUAGAGCCUGAAAUUCAACCUUGCAGCAGUACAGCGAGCACAUCAAUAUCACGGACCCCCUGUGUUAAAGAGACUGUUAGUCCAGAGGUGUCAGUGGAAGAGGACUCCGUGGAUACCUUUGAUAACCUCAGGCCCAUCGUUAUUGAUGGCUCAAAUGUGGCAAUGAGCCAUGGAAACAAAGAGGUGUUCUCUUGCCGUGGUAUCCAACUUGCUGUUGAAUGGUUCUUGGAGAAAGGACACAAAGACAUCACUGUGUUUGUCCCAGCCUGGAGAAAGGAGCAGUCGAGGCCUGAUGCCCUCAUCACAGAUCAAGAAAUAUUGCGCAAGCUGGAAAAAGAAAAGAUCCUGGUUUUCACCCCAUCUCGGAGAGUUCAAGGCCGGAGAGUGGUGUGCUAUGAUGAUCGCUUCAUAGUGAAGCUGGCUUAUGAUUCUGAUGGAAUUAUUGUGUCAAAUGACAACUACAGGGACUUGCAAAAUGAGAAGCCAGAGUGGAAGAAGUUCAUAGAAGAGCGUCUCCUAAUGUACUCGUUUGUCAAUGACAAGUUUAUGCCGCCUGAUGAUCCGCUGGGAAGACAUGGUCCAAGCUUAGAAAAUUUCCUCCGCAAGCGUCCAGUUGUACCAGAGCACAAAAAGCAACCAUGCCCCUAUGGAAAAAAGUGCACAUAUGGACACAAGUGCAAGUACUAUCAUCCAGAGCGUGUCAACCAGCCACAGCGGUCAGUGGCUGAUGAACUACGGGCCUUUGCCAAAUUGUCUGCGGUGAAGACAAUGAGUGAGGGGGCUUUAGCUAAAUGUGGCACUGGCCCGGUAACUGCAAAGGGGGACAGCAACUCAGAGGCCAAACGUGUGGCACCCAAACGUCAGUCUGACCCCAGUAUUCGCUCAGUGGCCUGUGAACCUCCAGAGGCACUGUCCGUUGUUAGGAAGUCUGAGACAAAUUCAGUGCCUUCCCUUGUAUCUGCUCUCAGUGUGCCCACCAUGCAGCCUGUGAAGAGCCACGCAGCUGGGGCCUUGAACACACGAUCAGCCAGCAGCCCAGUGCCAGGGUCUUUGCAGUUCGCGCACAGUUCUCUGGAGCACAUGUCCAGUGUACAGUACCCUCCUAUUUUAGUUACUAAUAGUCAUGGGGCCUCUGUGACAUACAGUGAACAGUUCCCAAAGUAUGACUCGGUUAGCGACCAUGGAUAUUAUUCACUGCACAGUGAUUUUUCAAAUAUGAGCAUGAGCAGCAUGCAUAAUGUCGACAGUUUCUGUAGCAUGGAGCACGAGCAUGGUGUGUAUCAGAGAAAUCCCAGCCACUGCCCUGAAUCCUGCCUCAGCCAUUCGAACAGUGACUCGUUCUCCUCUUACGGGGAUAUGUACCCAAGCUCUGUUGACAGUAGCUUAGAGGAGAGCAUGAAGGGGCAGCAGCAGUCUUCUGCACAAGGUAGGAUGCAAACUUUCUCCCAUGGGUUUCGCCAUGAAGCACUGACCAGAGUACAGAGUUACGGACCAGAGGAACCCAAGCAAGGCCCCCGUAAGCAGUCCGGGUCUCAUCUAGCGCCACAUAUCCAGCACGUUGCAGUGGGAGCCAGGUCUAGCUGUCCUGGAGACUAUCCCCUGACUCAGAAUGUCCUCCCACCUUUGUCCUCACAGCCCACACGGUCUCUCGGCAUGACUCGCAUGGACAGCAUAUCAGAUUCAAGGCUAUAUGAUAGCAACCCAAUGAGACAGAGGCGACCUCCACUGUGCCGCGAGCAGCAUGCAAGCUGGGACCCUCUGCCUUGUGGUAACGAGUCCUACGGAUAUCAUUCAUAUCCUCUUAGUAACAGCCUGAUGCCGUGUUGUGAGAGGGUGAUGGUCCGCAGCAUGCCAGACAAGAUGGAACAAAUCUGGAACUCACCAUGGGAGAUGCCAUCUGCAGUUGAACACCAAGAGCGGUAUGUAAUCCCAGACCACCAGUACCAAACAUAUCGGAACCUUUGUAACAUCUUUCCUGCUUACGUAGUCCACUCAGUAAUGGAGAAGAACCCUCAUUUGACAGAUCCACAACAGCUCGCCGCUGUCAUUGUUACUAAACUGAGGUCAUGUCAUUGAGCAGUUAAUCUUAUUAAACAUUCAGCAGUGAUGUGAUAAGGGAAAUACAGAUUCUGAUUGCAAAGAUAGGCACUUGUUAAAUGUUGCUGUGUGCGCAACAUCUGCCCUCAGGAGUUUUUUUUUUUUUAAUAUCUCGGGUGGGAAAUCUGGAUCAGAUUUUACAUCACUAAGAUGACAGAGAAGUUAUCAGCAUAGAGGAAGUUUGUCUAAUAAGUUUAUCUCAAAUUGUAACACUUUUUCCAUAUGAAAGCUACGUUUUUAUAUGAAGUGUGGUGCAGUUGACAUGAGGUAACACCUUAUUAGAAAUCUGGUUUAUAACACAUUCAUACUGCCUGAGCAGGAGCUGCAUAGCAGCUUAGUACAAUAUCCAUCAUUAUCUGAACCUUUGUUCAACAGCACUAACUCUAAAAAAUAGAUAGAAGAUAGUCAGCUAACAUUUGGCAGAACUGUUGAAUGUCCCUUAGAUCAAUUCUUAAUGUGCUGAUUUAAUUGAGUACAUGUUGUAUAAAAUUGAUGUAUGGAUCCCCAAAGUGUUAAGUAAUGAAUCGAUAUUUAUGGAAAAAUAAUAACAGGAAUAAAUUGGGCAAAAUCUGAAGUAAAUACAACAAUAAUUUGUGAAAUAAUUUAAGAAAUGAUCCAAACUCAAUUUGCUGUUAUGUUAUUUCAUUAUUCUUAUCUUCAGAAUUUUUUAGAAGUUAAAUUUUGGUUACUAAUUGACUUUUCCCCCACUUACACUUUAACAAUGUCACAUUUCUUAAUGUUACUUUUUAUUUCAUAAUGUCACUUUUCAUGACAGUGGUGUUGUCACCCCCCUCUCCCCUUACAAUCACAUGCCCCUUCCCUCUGUUAGUCAUGCAAACGUAACAACUAUCAGAUUAGCCAAUCAGCUCUGUUAGCCAGAGCAACAAUGUCAAAAUCAUUCUCAAUUGACUAUCUAGCUGCCACUGUAAAUAAAUGUGUCUUUAUGAAAUAAAACUUCACAAAGUUAGUCACAUUUGUUUCAUAAUUUCUUUCCUUUAUUUGGUUAUAUUGAUUUCUUUGGGGUUCCAUAAUUAUGAUGGCCAGCUGGUUAACAAUCAUACGCUGAGCUAACAUUUACUAUAAUACUGAACCUUUUCCUCAUGUAAGUCAAUGUGGAAGAAGGGGAUCAGUAAACACGUUAGCUACAUGGCCACACAGUAAAAUUGGAAGUUAUAACUCUGCAUCAUCUCCCACAUUUGCCUGAUUAAAUCAGACAUAAAAUUACGUCAGCACUGGACACCAUGUAGCUUUUAUGAAGAUCUCGUUCAGGCACUGUGAAUGUGUUAUGAAAGGCAUCUAAAGUGUUUCUGGUGCAGUUGAACUAUAAAUAACCUUGCUUAGGUCUGCCUCUGCUGUAAAUAAUUCUUGUGACUUUUUUGUGCAUUUAUUUUGAAGAUAAGUAAAAGGGAGGUAGAUACAUACCUCACAGCAUGAACUAUGACAUUUAAUGGCCUUAUAUCUGAAUGACCUCACGCUUUAGUCAUUGUCUGAUUGGUUUCAAUGAAAGUCUUAGUCAUUGAAGCCUCCUAUUUUCAAGUGUAAAGCACUAUCUCAGUAUCUAAAGAGAUAUAUUUUCUCAGCCUCACUUAACAAAGCUACUAUUUUGGUAGAAUUUGACAGUGCACAAACAAGCCAAAAAAGAGAUUUGACUUGUAUACUUGUGCACAUAUCUAUGUACAUAUAAUCACACAAAAGCCAUUAUUUCAAAGUCAUUUAUAAGCUGCUAAAUAAUGCCAAAAAAAGAUAGAUUUAUAUAGUGUCAGUAUUCUACAUAACUUUACAUUUUGGUUCACAGAAUCGAUUGAAUUAGAAGAUAAACUAACAUCUGUGUUUGGAUAAUUUCCUAUGGUGUACUGUAUAGUUACCUUUCUGAUUUUAUUGGAUGCUAGGUCCAGGAUUUUCCUAUUUAUAUAUUUGUCAAAUUUGUUGUGCUGAUUCUUUUCAAUGUGAAAAUAUUCAAAGUAUCUUUGUUUCAAACAGUAGCUCUAAUGGACUCCUUCAAGUUGUCAGUGGAGCAGUUUGUUUUCAGCAGCAGGUUAAAUGUGUUUCAAAGACUGCUUUUACAUGCACUUAAGAAGUCUGAUGAUUUCUGACAUUUGGUUAAGUUUAAGGCAUUGGAGAAACUUGGUGUCUGAUUGAAUUUGUACACUUUGUAAAGGGUUGGGGUUUUUUUGCAUGUGCUAACAUGCAUGAUGGAGACAUGGGAUGGGGAAGGUUAUGUUGUUACUAUGCCCAUGCAUCAUUGCAGUUAAUAAUUAAAUUCUAAAGUCUGAUUUCCCUCAACAAGUCUCUUAGAUAACAUAUUAGAUACACUUAAAAUAUAGCAAACUUUUGUUUUUAAAGAAAUCAGACUGUUGCAGUGCAUCAAAACAAGUUGUCCAAUUUCUUGUCUUAACCUUACUUUUGACUUCUACCUGGUUUCUUAUGUGCAUGUAAACAUGGUGAAACUUUGAGAAUGGAUUUCACCGUGCUGUGACAUGACUUAGAUAAGGACAAGUUGGAGAAAUGUACUAUACGAGGUGGAAAUAGUGUUUCCCAUCACCGUUUAAGUGUUUGCACAAGGCAUUCUCCAACAGACUGAAAAUUUACCUGAUGUUACACUUGUCAGAUAAAAUGCUUAAAAUCUGUUUGGAUCAGUUUGGCCUGGGAGGGAGUUAAAUAUUGGACUCAUUUUAUGAUAUCUUGUAGAGUGUGAGGUUUCAAUAAUUGUAUAAAAAAUGAAAUGAAUGCUAGAAAGCAUGUUGAAGAUUACAUUUACUGUAUGGCUUUUUAUGGGAGGCUGAAUUGCUCAAAUACAGAUGUACAGUACGCAUACAUGCAGCCGGUCUCCAAGGAUCAUGGAAGGGUUCGGCUGUGCCUUGCAGCACACUGCUCUCAGGAUGCUUUCAAUUUUCUAAUUUUCAGUCUUGCCCUGCCAAAAAUCAGUGGUUGCUGGCAAGAGUCUGACCUAGUAGUGAUAUAUUUUGUGAAAAUCCUACAUGUAACAUGUAGUACCUUAAAGUUAGUUCUGUACAGUUUAAACGUGGAGAUGGCAUUGCAAAACUUUGUACUUUUUAUGUAUAUCCUUGUUAUGCACCUUGAGAUCUAGAAAAUUGGGCUAAUAGGGUGGCUUUAUGAGAUGCAGCUUUAAUCGGAUGACGUGAUGUUGGUGUCCAUAAGGGUGUCAAGUUUCCAUGCAACCAAAAGUGUUUGUUUGACGUUUGGUAUUGCCCCCACGUCAUCAGGUCGAACCUAUGAUUACUCACAAAAAAAAAAGAACUGACAUGGGGGCAUUAACAUCAGUUUUGCUCAGCACAUUCAUGCUGAGUUAGGAUCAGCCAACUCCCUUGAUUUCAGCGAUCUAUUGCCUCUUCUCUACCCCCCACCCUCAGGACAAGGUGCAACAUGAAACAUUCUGCCUACAAUUGCAGAGAGGUUGUAGCGUGUAAAGCCAUCCCUAAUAGCAAGAUCAUGCUUUGAGUGCCUUUAAAGGGAAAUGCCACUUACUUUGAGGAUUCAGGUAUGGUACCCCUAGGCCUGCUAUUGAAUUGCAUGACUGAGCGCAAACAAUUUAGUCAGUAUAGUAUCACAUGCAUGUGACGGAGAGGAAAGAGAGAAAGUUUAUUGUUUUGGUGUUUUAUUAUCUUAAUAAAUAAUUUAAAAACACAAAGGGAAGUGAUGAUGAGCUCAAACACAAAGUCUAGAAAGUUGGGCUCCCGUCUGUAGUUCAUGGAGAAGCAUCAGGCUAUGUUUUGAUGACAUCACAGACCCAAAUAUCUGUCCUUUGAUUCAGAAACGUGUUCAUGAUCACAAAGAAAAAAAUGUAUGAGAAUUGUUAAACUGAGUGGUAUUACUCUUUAACAAGGCUAAUUAUGUCAGCCUGACUUUGUCGCAUUGGUGGUGCUUCAAAAAUAUAUAUUUCUUUAUAAUGUUUAGGUACAACCGUCGUAUAUGAACAGACAUAAAGAAAAAAAAACAAAAAACAUUUGAAUGUGUUUUGCCCAAGUGAAUUUUGGGCUUUGCUGACUUUGUUUUUUCAUGAAAAAAGACAAGGCCACUUAAGGCCGACUGUCUGUUCAUGAGAAGGUGAAACAAACUGCCUACAUGUUUCUUCAUGUGAAACAAUCAGAUUGCAAGGCUGCUGUCAAGGUUGUUUCUGGCAUUUGGCUAAAAGUUUGCGUGCCGUCCUUUUUCCUUGACGUGGUUGAAUUGUCACAGAUUCUCAGUGCAGUAAGACUGAAGUACUGUGUGCCAUCACUGAUCCAAGAAACAACUCUAAAACUAAAAAUAUCAACAACAUUGUGUCUCGGCUUUAAUAUGGCGUUAUAAUAUGUGAUAGUGAGAUCUUUCUUUUACCUAAACCCUGGAAUAGUCCAUUGCCCAGAGUCGAUUUACUUCGAUGUGGAAAGGAAGUGUACUGUAGACCACAACACAAAUCUACCACAGUGAAAACAGUCAGGGUUCAUUACAGUGAUUUGUUUUCAUUGUAAAAAUGUUAUUUUGGGUAUUAGCAGGUAAAUCAGUGGGUAGAUUGAGUGAUGUUCACAGACAAUUCAUGCAGUUUAUGACAAAAUAUACGGUAUGUCGUAUACAUGCAGUAUGUAUGAGCAUACGUAUACAUAUAUUAAUGUCAAGUCAAUUUAAAUAUGGAUCAGUUUCAAUAUGUUGGCCCUUAAAACCACCAAUCAGUUUAUGGUUUCAUAAACAUGUGGACAUGCAGAUUUUGUUCACAGCCUUAUGUUUUACUGGUUCUGGCAUAGUGCCACAUUGCUAGCACUUCUCUGUAAUUAGGUAAAAUGCACUCGUGGACAAUGAGAGCUUAACAAGUAUUAGAGCAAAUUCACAUUCAAAGCCCAGUGGCUGUUAAAGGUGUGUUCAUAAGGCUGAAAUAGCAUUGAUGGUAGCUGCCCUAAUCCUAAAGCGUGGACUCCGCGUUCCCGGAUUAGAUCUGGAGAUUUGCCCAACAUGAACAAAAGGGAAGAGAAAUGUGGAGGCAUAAAUUUGAUUGCUGGGCUUUCAUUGAUUUUUCUGUCUUUUUUAGAAAUAUCUCAAAUUGGUCUCUGUUCCUAAGACUCCUUCCAAAAGGUUCUGUGUUCGCUGGGCAAUACACUACUUCCAGGCCAAAAAUAAAAGUCUCACUGUUGUUACAAAAGAGUUUCAAUAAACCAGUCCAGUGUUUUACUGCUUUGCUGAAAGGUUACGCUAAAGGCCAGAACGGUGGUUCAUAGUCCCCACCCUCCCUUUGAAAGUGCCGCAAACAACUAAGCCACAAAUGUCUAGAAUUGACUUUUGCUUGUUGAUACAAAUUGUAUCUAUACCUUGAAUGUAACAAAAUAUGAAAUGUAUAAUAUGAACAUAGUUUUAUUUAAAUAAAGGGGAAAAACAUCAAUGCCAUAAUGUUUGUGACACUGUGUGUCACUGGGAGUAGCCCAUUGGUAUGUACUAAUUCUUACUGGGUACAGUAGUUAACUUACAGGGACAUUUACGUGCUACGUCAAAGUGCACAGAUACCCUGUGUACAGCAGUAAGCAUCAUGUCCUCUCUGUAAAUAGUCACACGUGUGUGUGUAUAUAUAUAGAAAGCGAUAUGUAAAUGUAACAGUAACAGUUACUUCAGUUGUUCAAAUACUUAGAUGAUUUCUGUGUUGUAACCUGUGCACCUUGGUAAAGUGCAUCUAUUUCCUCUUAACUGACAUGUCUGCUUUACGCUACUUUAAUGGGAAUUUGAAUAUUUUUGAAUAUAUUUUGCCUAAUAAAACAUGCCAAAGUUCUUCUUCGGUGGCUUUGUCAAACAUGAUUUCUUGUGAUUCAACACACGGGUUGUCAUGCAGUGAAAUGUAUAUUUCAGGUGACAAAUGAUAUAUAUUCCACACAAUGUAAACUAAGAGUAACUUAACACUAAACACAAAUCUGUGUCUAGCCUGACAGUUGGAACAGUUAAAAGCAUAGUAGAGAAACUGCAGUAUCAGCGGAGUACUGGAGGGUAAAUUCUGUACCAGUUCGUACUCAGAUUUGUGUUUGAUGUUUAAUGCUCUUUUAAGAUACAGAGCCUUUGAAAACAGGAAUUUUUUGGAGUGUUUGGCUGUUGAUUUAAUGACGAACCCUGUAUGUUGACAAAGCAGAGGUGUGUUGAAUUAAUUAAUUUAAUUAUUCACCAACUGUAAUUUCAUCAUUUUGGGCCACUUUGCAUACUGUCGUUUGACAUGAACAGUCUGUAGAUUUUAGCUGGCCCUAUGGGAAGUAGACUUGUGCUAUUUUCAAGAUGGUAAGACUGAUAAUGUCAAUAUAAAAUUAACUUGAGUUCAGUAUCAGUUGUUAAUGACGAAGAUCAAGACCAAAGUGAUUUUUGAUGUGCACACAUUACGUACCGCUUAUGGUAAUUGGUUCAAACACAGAAACAGCUGUGGUCAAAUAAUUGUGAGCCCCUUGCCGUCUUACAUUUUCUGCUUCCGUAUAAUUCAAAAAUUGAAUUAUUGGUGUGGAAAAUGCCGCAACAAGAGGCACACGCAUUUGAACAUGGCUGUACGUAUAUACAGUGUAAUACUCAGGUUAAGUCACACAAACAUUUGAAAUUACACACUUGGUUGUUUUCUAUAUUGAGAAAUGCAGUGGUCACAUUUCUGAAGUCGUGCAGGUCUCCUGUUUGAGCAGAUCACUGUGUCUGCAAUGUAAAAAGGGAAAUAUAAAGCAAGUUUUUUUGUGUUGUGAUGAUCUGCAGUAUUGUAAUCCACACUGACUGGAAAGCAUUGCUUUUAUAGACCAAAAUAUACAAAAAUAGACUAUUUGGGUCUGUGGGCUCAAACAAAAUGUAAGUCUUAAUGACAAAAUGUGUUUCUCUCCAUAAAUAAAGCAAAAUUC